GCGCCCACGCGGCGUCGAGCUGCACUGCCACGCACCCCUGCGCCGCCUGCGUCGCCGCCCCGACGGCCGCUGGCAGCUCACCCUGGCAGAUGGCACCGUGAUGGCCGACCACGUGGUCAGCGCCCUCCCGGCCGCAGCCCUGGCUGAGGUCCUGCCGGCCGAGGCCGAGCCGCUGGCCCAGGAGCUGCGGCGCAUCCCGGCCGUGUCGGUGGCCGUGGUGAACCUGCAGUACGAGGGUGCCGCAUUGCCCGUCACGGGCUUCGGGCACUUGGUGCCCUCCUCCGAGGAUGCCUCCCUCCUGGGCGUCGUCUACGACUCAGUGGCCUUCCCCCAGCACGACGGCGCGGGGGCGGCCUCGGUGCGGCUGACGGUGAUGCUGCGAGGCGCCUGGUUCGGGCAGAGCUUCGGGGACCCAGCAGCAGUGGUGCCGGCACCCACUGCUGCUGCAGCGGGCGCAGGCAGCCGUGCGGGAGCAGCUGGGCCUGGAGCUGGCCCCGACUCGCUCCAUCGUCAGGGUGCACCAGGUGGGUGA